GCGACGAUCUUCCAAUCCAUUCUAUGCUUCGUUUUCUUUCUUUUUUCUUUUAUUUUUUUGGUUUAUCCGGCAUCCAUCAUUCCUAACACAACAGGUUCCCGGUAUUUUCCUCCAACUCAGACGCUUUCUUUCCCCUGCUUUUCUCUGCUAGAGGUACUGGAGAGUACUUACCUGGCAACCGCAUCAUUCGGUCUUUGAAGAUUUCCAUCGACUCGCAAUUUUCUCACUGGGCUACAAACUUGAGCGCUCUCCACCCAUCGAGCCACCUCCAGUACCUUGACAGGACACAAAUAUGGAUCCUCCACGUUCCAAAACCAUCUCUCCUUACAACUUCGGCCUCGGCCACGACUUCAGGAUCGCCCUUAUCCAACCUUUUCUCUACUUCUUCUUAGAAGUCAUCCUUGACAUCGCUCCUUGGGGAGUGACUCCGAAACCCCAAAGUCUAACAGGGACGACCUCUCUCGACACCGACAGUCUCAUUCAGCCCGACCAACUGCUCGCCUCUCUCGCCCAAAGUCGUGACGAAAUCAGGGUGAAGGCAGCUUUCAUAUCCAUAGGCAUCACCGCUUUAUUAUCCUUUGUCUUCCACCAAAUAGAUUUCAUGUGGCAUGACCCAUUUGCCUUCCGUCGUCGCCACAUCCCGGUCCCCUCCUUUAUCAAAAACGGGUUGUUUGAUUCGGAUCCGAUCCCGGCGCCUGAUGAUUACGCCGUGACCAAAAGCCGAGAGGCACUGCGGUUGCUCUUUCUGGUGGUCAUUUCAGGGAUGCUCUGCCCCAUUACAAACUAUUUUUUUAGGCGCGCAGAUGGAGCACUUGUGUAUCCAGACGAUUGGGAGUCGCGUUUACUCCAGUCAGACUUUUGGAGGUUUAUGGCUGACGAGUUACUCGACUCAAUUGUGCUGUCUCAGUCUGGGUAUGACGGGAUGAUGCAUGCGAUGAAAGCCAUCAUGUUUCUUGUGCGUAUAGUGUUUCCGUGCAUGGCUACGGCGGCGACCACUAUUGCGUUAGCGUUUGCGACUUUUGGGAGGAGGCAUGGCGUGGUGGACAUAUGGGAUAGGAGGAUUGAGAGGUGGGUGGAGGCUUUCGAAAAGGAGAGAUCUGAGGUGACGCUGGAAGAGUGGAAGAUUUUAUGGGAGAAGCAGAUUCUGGGGAUGAGCUUGAAGGCCGUUAAAGAUGAGGUGGAUAUGGACGAGAGGAAAAACGAGUUGCUGACUUGGCGGAGGGGGAUGAAGGAGGGCAGGGGGUAUGGACCUGAUUAUUGGUUGCCGAGAGAGAAAGGAGCAAGCGCAAAGGCCGUUCCAGGAUUCGAACGCAGUGGAUGAGGACGCAAACCGCCCCAGAGGUACUGCUCCUGAUUAUUUAUCUUGGUGUUGGGAAUUUAAGGCAGGCGUUUAUGGGCAUACAAACCGAUGAUUUGGCCCAAAAGCAGCAAGGGGAGUUAUCUGGAGGCCUUCGAUGUGUUGUUCACCGCACAAUUUGCACAAAUGCCGUGGUAACCAUACAUAGGCAAUUGAGCGAAUCGAAUCGAUGUUUAAUCAUACUGGGAUCGUGCAUGGGAGCGUCGCACUGAACCGGUGUGAACAUGAAGAUGCGAGAACGUGGCACGGCAGACUGGAGGGUUGAAAAUGAGGGUUGUAUGACGAUCGGUGUAACAGUCGAAGGAUGAUAAAUAGGUGUAGUCCGAGAUGUUCGAGGUCGAAUUUGUUCUUCUUUCUUCUCGUGAUUUUGCUUGCGAUUCUAGCUUGAUCAUUUUUUACGCGCAU